AUGCCCUCGGAAUGGGAUCAGCCGCAUAUGCGCUGGACCCUUCGACUCGAAUAUGUGCUUUCGGAUCGCACUGCCCUCGACGCCUUCAGGGAUUGGCUUAUGGCCAAUUCGAAUCCACAGCCCCUGGAACUGCACUUUGCUGUCCUUGCUUAUGACAGGAUGUCAGCGCAACGAAAUGCUCAAACAUCGGAAUUGGCUAGGUCAAUUUACCAGAAAUAUAUCUCUCUUCGAACUGCUUCAUGUUGUUUCAACUUCAUUCCCCAUAAGUUACGUCAAGAGAUUGGAAUACGUCUGAAACAAACUGGCUCAGGAUUUCCUGACCCUCGUCUGUUCUCGGCUAUUUUGCCUUAUCUUGAUUCGUUCCUUCGACAGCAGCACGAACAAUUUGUUUGCUCAGAGGAGUUCUUAGAAGCAUUCAAUCGGGUGAACAUGGGUGUUGACGAAAGUGGCGACUUUCCAUCGGAGCGACGUCGUUCAGGUGCCAGCUCGAAGAAACCGCAGCUCACUGCUGAAACUCUUAUGAAAUCUCGACACGAUAGGGAACAUGUCUUAGGAGAAAGUUCUUUGGAGAAGAUGUACCCGACCUCUAGUAUGCCUCGCCCCUAUGUAUGUCAUGCGACGACAAGUCAGAACGAUAGUGCCGUUUCAUCAUCUUUCUCAUCUGAUGCCAACGGGCAUCGUCCAGCACGUUUGCGAAGUAUUCGAGAGGAACAUCUACGAGGGAAUCCGACGACAUUUGCUAUCCCGCGGGUCGAGCACCAUUCGAAGACAGACACCAUGCAGUUCGAUCACAACACCGAAGAGGGAAGGAAAAUGUUCGCAGCAGUACUUUGUAAGAAGUUAAACCGUGUGCAAGCGAGACGCGAACGAAACGACGAAACCGAACGACAACUCAGAGACAUCGAAGACAGAAAGUGUACAACUCGUGAGCUAGUCUCAACAUCCGAAGCUGUACACGAUGUCGCAUGUGAUGAUGACGACGAUGUGGAAUGUUAUUUAGAGCGAAUGCGAGAGGAAAGUUUGAAAGCCUCUGCAAAUCGAUCACCUCGUCAUAAUGCACUUUCACCUAGGCCUUUCUCACCUGAAAGAGAUUGCAGCAAGAUAAUUUGCGGCAUCAGCGGUGCAUCUAUGGGUACAAUGUUGAUGUCCAGUUAUCAGCGGUCGACAAAUCAGUUUGCUCCACCUCCUGCACCCAACACUUUCAACACUUCUGGCGUGUAUUACAAAGAAAUCAGAUCUGUGAACCAAGCGGCACCUAUUUACGAUUCUUCCGGAGUAGAAUCAAUGGCUCCAUCUGCGUUUUCGGAUACAUCACGCGGUUCUCGCCGAGCUCCCAUGAUUGCACCCGGCCUCGACACACCUCGUAAAACGCGCCGAUCCCUCCCAUCUACAGGACAACGCUUGAUGACAAUAUCUUAUAAAGGAAUCGAUGGAGUCCCAGUGGUAGCACAUGUGCCAGUUUCAUCCAGAGGAAUAACCUUAAAGGAAUUCCGUCGGCAUUUUUCUAUCUCCUCUCAUGCGAACGUACAAUUCUUCUUCAAGUCAACCUGUGAGGAUGGAUCUGCACCCUAUCAACUACUUUUAGUUAAUGACGACUCUGCUUAUCUUCCUAUAUUCGAAGGAAGAAUUACGGCCGAACUGAAGCGAAUAUCACCCGAGUGA